CCGCUGGGGGCAUCAGACAAACAGACAAACAGACGAAGAAGAAACUCAAACACGUGUGGUGGAGUGCGUGUUGAUCAGAAAAACAUUUUCCAACAGUUUUAAUAUCGAUCAUUUAGUUUGAUCGGAGAUGACGAAGACGAAGAAGGAGAAGGUGUCCGCGGACGCAGAGGAGGCCGCUCCGGCCGCCGAGGGAGCCGAGAAGUGUGAGAAGUCUUACCAGGAGCUGAUCGCCAACGUGAACCCGAUCGCUCAGCCGCUGGCCUCCAAGAAACUCAGCAAGAAACUCUACAAAUGCGUCAAAAAGGCUGCCAAAGUGAAGAACAUCCGACGAGGAGUGAAAGAAGUCCAGAAGUUUAUCAACAAAGGAGAGAAAGGGAUCGUGGUGUUGGCUGGCGACACGCUGCCUAUCGACGUCUACUGUCACCUGCCGGUCAUGUGCGAGGACAGAAGCCUGCCGUACGCCUACAUCCCCUCUAAAGUGGAUCUCGGAUCGUCUGCGGGCUCCAAGAGGCCGACCUGCGUCAUCCUGAUCAAACCUCAUGAGGACUAUCAGGAGGCCUACGACGAGUGUGUGGAGGAGGUGUCCGGCCUGCCCAAACCACUCUGAGUCAUCAGCCAAUCAGCGAGCAGCUCCGAGGUCUAUGCCUUUGAUUAGAUAACACAGCUCUUUUUUUUAAAGGAGCAGUCUGCAAUAUUAGGAAAUCCUCUUGUUUCUCGUCAUCAACAACAACAACAAAAAAAAACCUCUACGUCUCUUCCAAACAAUAAGAGCUGCAGCUAACAGGCUAGCAGUUUCCCCCCGCCUCCAGUGUUUAUGCUAAGCUAGGCCAAAGCUGGCGUGGACCCCCUGACUCUGAAGGAGACGGAGGACAAGAAGAUGUUUUCGUUCAAAGUGUGUAAAUGAACAGGAGGUUUCACUUCCUUCAGUUAUCAUCGCUGCAGGUCGAUCGAUCAUUAUCAAACGAUUUGUUCAACAAAAUACAGAAAUGAAUAAUGUUAUAUAAAAUAAACGGCAGAGUUGCAUCUUCUGUUGGUUUUGAUGUGAUCAAACUGAUCAGAUUUAUUAAAGUGAACUGUAGAGUUUUACGACAACAUAAAUCUGCACAGUUUGAUCAUCAAAAGUUUGUUUUGCUUCGACUGUAAUUUGAUUUAUUCCAUUUUUUUCACCAAAUCUUAACUCAGAUAUUUUUGAGUUCUAAAGAUUUUCUGUGUUUCUGCUGUUUAAUGUUCAGUUUUAAUAAAAGAGACUGUUUCUCAGCUGACGUUUCUUAUGAAUAUUUGUUAGAUUUUACAAAUUCUGACUUUGUUAACUCUGGUUUUGUUUUUUAUUAAAAGAAAUGUGAACUGAC